AUGUUUGAUGAAGAGGGGGAUGGAGAUGUGAAGACACAGGAGCUGGAGAGACUGAUGAGUUUAAUGGGAAUCAAUCCUACGAAGAGAGAACUCAGCCAGAUGGCCAAAGAUGUUGACAAAGACGGUAAAGGUAUAUUUAACUGUGACAGCUUCCUGGGUCUGAUGGCACUGUACCACGAAAGAACCAAGAACCAGGAUGCUGAACUCAGAGCUGCUUUUAAAGUAUUUGACAAAGAGGCCAAGGGAUAUAUUGACUGGAACACACUCAAAUAUGUGCUGAUGAAUGCAGGAGAACCACUUAACGAGGUUGAGGCAGAGCAAAUGAUGAAGGAGGCAGAUAAAGAUGGAGAUGGAACCAUUGAUUAUGAAGAAUUUGUGGCCAUGAUGACUGGGAACUUGUUCAAAAUGAGCUGA